AUGACCUCCUGCAUGCACCCCGUGCGAUAUAAUGUGCGUAAGGCCAAUCUGGCGAUAUCAGACGCACGACAACCAACACAAAAUGUCCAUGUCGGCUGUGAGUAUCGCGUGGAGAGCUGGGUCGACCGGUCAGGAGUGACGCAAACAUCAUCUAUAUAUAAGAGCUCGGUUUCCGUCGUCUUGCGCUUUUUUCUUUUCUACUCGGUCACCAACUACUCAUCUCCAACCAACGAACUGACACAGUGGCGCCAAUUUUCCUUCUUUGACUUCACGCCAAUAAGAGACCCGUAUUCGGGCACGGAUGAGGCUCUGUACUCGGAUUCGCGGCUCACGGCGAUUGCUCCGGGCGUGGAUCUGGUCUUCUAUGCGUCUGGAACCACCAUCAAGGCCUUUGACAAGGAUCUCCAAGUCCAACGACACUUUGAGGCCUACGACAAGGGCUGGACGGUUUCCCGGAUCAAGUAUCUGGAUGGCACGGGGCUGCUACUGACCGUCGGCGAGCUGCUGGGCCAACCUACGACUCUCAAGUUGUGGAAACUGGGGCCCGACAAUACGCAAAAAAGCCAUGCGGUGGUGCCUGUCAGCAACGGCGGCAACACGCAGCCACUAACAGCCAUGGCAAUUUCAGCGGACUUUGGCACAAUUGCGCUGGGGUUCGGCAACGGAGCGGUCAUCAUGGUCAGAGGAGACAUGAUUCGAGAUCGCGGACACAAGCAGCGUCUGGUCUACGAUAGCAGUGGGCCGGUCACGGGGCUGCACAUGACCGAAAACGACUCGUUGGUCUACGUGACGACCGUCAGUCAAAUCCUGACUGUUCCAACGUCAGGAAAGAAUCCGGGACGGGCCGAAAAGGUGCUGGAUUCGGCUGCAGGAGCAGACGUGGGCUGUUCGGUGCUUGAAAACGAUGGCCGAGGAAGCGAUCUCGUGGUGGCUCGAACUUCGGGAUUGCAAUACUACUCAAUCCAUGGCAAGGGCCCCAAGCUGGACUUUGAUGUGGCCAAAAAACAGGUCUACAAGCACGGAGCGUAUCUCGCCGUGGCCACGUUGGAGAACUCGGUAAACCGAAUUCUGGUGGUCAACCCCGAGUACAAGUACAUUGCGUUCAGCGGAGCACUUUCAUCCGCUUCCAGAACAAUGUUCACCCAAUGGGGCCAGCUGCAUGUGCUAGACACCUCUGGAAUGCUCUACCGAAUCGAGGAGAAGCGCAUUUCGGACCAGAUUGAGGUUCUGAUGGCCCGAAACCUCUACUCCAUGGCGGUGGACUUUGCCGUCAAGCACAAUGUUCCCAAAUCCGAGCUGCUCGCAAUCCAUCAGCGGUAUGCACAGUACCUGUAUGACAAGGGCGAGUAUGCUGGCUCUAUGGAUGAGUAUGUCGCGUGUCUGGGCCUCGACGAUACUGCCACAUCACGGGUGAUUCUCAAGUUCUCCGACUCGCAACUCGUGGCUCAACUAACGCGAUACCUGGAGGAAAUCUAUGACCGAGGACUUGCUUCUCCUCAACACACGGGUCUGCUGCUCAACACGUACGCCAAGCAGAAGGAUACGGCUUCAAUUGAGCGGUUCAUCGAGACCACGGCCAACUCCAAGUCUUAUGAUCCCGAAAUGGCCAUUAGAAUCUUCCGACAGAGCGGAUACCACGCCCAGGCAGCCUACCUUGCUGCUCUUCAUGGAGAACACUAUCUUGCUGUCCAGAUCAAGAUUGAGCUGCAGGACUACAAGGGUGCUCUUCGGUAUGCUGAGUCCUUGAGUCCCGAAGACGCAAUUCGAGUUGCUAUUGAUUAUGGAAAGACAUUGUUGGACGUGUUCCCCAACGAGACUACAGCUCUUCUCAUCAAGCUCUUCACGGGCCAGUAUCGACCUAAGUCAUACGACAUUUCGUCCCAUGAUACUGCUGCCACGACUGCCGAGGAGGAGGAGGAAGGCAUGAGCUCUCGACUCACCGCUCCUGUUCUACAGUCGUACCGGGCUUUUGUGUCGUACAUGGGCGUCUCUGAGAAGGAGCAGGUGACUGUUUCGGACGACGACGACGAGUCUCGACCUCAGUACAUUCCUCCUCGUCCCAAUCUCAUCUUCCCUGCCUUUGUUUCGCAUCCCUACGAGUUCAUCAUCUUUCUGGAGGCGUAUCUGGCCGAGUACGACCGUCUUGGCUCGGAAAAGGACAAGAAGGAAAUUGUCUGCACCUUGUUUGAAAUGUACUUGAACUUGUACGAGCAGCACAAGGACGAAGAGUGGGAAAACAAGGCUCGAGAGAUCGGAGCCGAGUACCAGCAUUACAUUGACCCCAACACGAUGCUUCUUCUUUCUCACCUGUCAUCUUUCAAGGAGGGCUAUGUCAUGGCCAAUACCUACAACAAGGAAGCCUCCAGUGGCUUCAAAACCGAUCUGUUGCGAUCGUGUAUUGCAAGUGGGAAGACCGAGGAUGUUGUCCAGGCUCUGCAUACCUAUGGGCCCACUGAGCCCGAGCUGUAUCCCAUUGCUCUCAACUAUUUUGUUUCGUCUCAGCAAGUUUUGGACGAAACUAAGGACGAGUUUGUGGCUACUUUGGCAAAGAUUCGGCAGGAUCGGCUCAUGUCUCCUCUGCAGGUCAUUCAGGCCUUGUCCCAUUCUUCUGUGGCGACUGUGGGACUCGUCAAGGACUACCUACUUGAGGUUAUUGAGGGAGAGAAGACAUCCAUUAACAACAACAAGCUGCUGUCUGACUCGUACCAAAAGGAAACGGCUGCUAAGAAGUCUUCUGUCGACAAGCUCAGAGAAGAGAUUUCCGUCAUCCAGGCCACCUCCUGCAACACAUGCAAGAUGACUUUGGAUCAUCCCUCGGUGCACUUUCUGUGCAAGCACUCGUUCCAUCAGCGGUGUCUCAAUGCGGUGGACGGCGAGAAUCCCGACUGUCCGGUGUGUGGCAACGAUCUGGAUGCGCUGAAGGCCAUCAGACGGGCCCAGACUGAUGUUGGAGAGCGAGGAGAUUUGUUGACCGCUGCUCUCGACUCUGCUGAGAACAAGUUCAAGGUGGUGUCUGAUUUCUACGGAAGGGGAGCUAUGGAGAAGGUGAAUUACGUGUGA